UACUGAGAGCUGAUAGCAAACUAAGUCCUCAGAAACUCACUGCCCUGAUGGAAUCUGACCUGUAGGACCGACUUUCCAUUAGAUUGCGGCUCUGGUGGCCACAGCAGCUGCGAUGUGGGACCCACUGAGCGCACUGGGUGCUCUCACAGCUGCGUGGCUUCUGCUGGGGGCAGCGUGGAGAGUGGGCUGCGUGGUCUAUAUCUACCUACUGCCCUGGGCUCGUCCGGGAGACCACUGGAUCCGGGCCCAGGGAGCCUGGGCAGUGGUGACAGGAGCCACGGAUGGCAUUGGCAGGGCCUACGCGCACCAGUUUGCCAAGAAAGGUCUCAACAUCGUCCUCAUCAGCCGAAACGCGAACAAGUUGGAGAAGGAGGCAAAGGAGAUUGAGCGGCUUCAUGGUACCGACACGCGUGUCAUCCAGGCUGACUUCACCGGGGGCUUGGAGAUCUACGGGGCCAUUGAGGAAGGGCUGAAGGGCCUGGAGAUUGGAGUACUGGUGAACAACGUGGGCAUGGGUUACUCUAAAGGACCUGGGAAACUGCUGGACUGUAAGAACUCAGCACAGGGACUCUCAGAUACUGUGAACUGCAACAUGAUGUCCGUGGUCCAGAUGACCAGAAUCGUGCUGCCCCAGAUGGUCUCCAGGCACAGAGGGAUCAUCAUCAAUGUCUCUUCUAUGAGUGAAAACCACCCCUGGCCAUUCCUUGCCACCUACUCAGCCACAAAGGCCUUCGUGCAAAGAUUCUCCACUGCAGUGGGCGCUGAGUAUCUCUCUGAAGGUGUCACCAUACAGACGGUGAGCCCAGGUGUGGUCUCCACAAACAUGACUUAUAAUAUCAAAACCGGAUUGCUGGUGAAGGAUCCCCAAGAGUGGGCUGAGCAGGCGGUGCACACCCUCGGCCUCUCCUCCCACACCCCUGGGUGCCUCAGCCACGCCGUGCAGACCUUCCUGAUAGGUCUCCUGCCCUCCUGGUGUACCUGCAAUCGCUGGACAGUCAAGUUUUGGGCUCGGCUGCAUCCUAGAGCUCCUUAAGAGAGUCCCUAAGGACCAAAGUGCCUCCUUGCUUAACCCCAAACCUGCCCUAUGAAGUUCGGCCCCAAAGCUGACACUGUAAAGUUCUGCACAAAGGGGAAAGAACGCGCCUUUGUCAGAAACCAGCGAACCAAGGACCCUGAUGCCCACGAAGGAAUCCACGACCGAUGAUGACCGACAAUGACCAACUGGAGCUAUCAUGAUGCUGAUCAAUCAAGAAGACCUGAGCCCAUGUUUCCAGCCGAGAGGGGCCGGGCCCGUUCCUCCUUUCUGUACGGUGUGUAAGGCCACCCGGCCCUGAGCUCGGGGCUCAUGCACGUGACAGCCUCAGCCCUGCUCAUGCACUGGUCCGCCUCAGUCGGCCUGCACCCAGGCAAGAAAUAAACACUGCUGUGUGCCACCC